AUGAAGCUUGCCCACAGCCUCGCCUUGUCCUUCGUUACACUUGCCCUGGCGGCUCCGCACGGAAACGGUAGCCCUGGCGAGGAAGCGAUGGUCGUGACCUGGGCUGAUGUGCAGAAACGCGAGGGUCAUGAUGCCGCAGUGGACAAGAGGGCUGAAGAAGCGAUGGUUGUGACCUGGGCUGAUGUGCAGAAACGCGAGGGUCAUGAUACUGCAGUGGACAAGAGGGCUGAAGAAGCAAUGGUCGUGACCUGGGCCGAUGUGCAGAAACGCGAUGGUCAUGAUGUCGCAAUGGACAAGCGGGCUGAAGAAGCGAUGGUCGUGACCUGGGCCGACGUGCAGAAAGUAUAG